GGGCGUGACCUAAGUCGCUCAGCGGAACAUGGCGGAUCGCGGGAGGAAGCGGCCCUGCGGCCCGGGUGAACAUGGCCAAAGGGUUGAAUGGCGAAAAUGGAAGCAACAGAAGAAAGAAGAGAAAAAGAAAUGGAAGGACCUUAAGAUGACCAAAAAGCUUGAAAAGCAGCGAGCACAAGAGGAGCAGACCAAGCGGCAGAAGGAGGAAGAAGAGGCAGCUGCCCAGAGGAAGGACCAGGGACGGCCCUACACCCUGAGUGUCGCCCUGCCGGGCUCCAUCUUGGACAAUGCCCAGUCACCAGAGCUUCGCACCUACCUGGCUGGCCAGAUUGCCAGAGCUUGCGCCAUCUUCUGUGUGGACGAGAUUGUGGUGUUUGAUGAGGAAGGACAAGAUGCCAAGACCGUGGAAGGGGAAUUCAAGGGGAUCGGCAAGAAGGGGCAGGCGUGUGUACAGCUGGCUCGCAUCCUGCAGUACCUCGAGUGUCCACAGUACCUGAGAAAGGCGUUUUUCCCUAAGCACCAGGAUCUACAGUUUGCAGGGCUUCUCAACCCCUUGGACAGCCCCCACCACAUGCGCCAGGAUGAGGAAUCAGAGUUCCGUGAGGGCGUCGUGGUGGACCGGCCCACCCGGCUAGGUCAUGGUUCCUUUGUCAACUGCGGCAUGAAGAAGGAGGUGAAGAUUGAUAAGAACCUGGAGCCUGGCCUUCGCGUAACUGUGAGAUUGGACCAGAAACAGCUCCCAGAAUGCAAGACCUACCGGGGAACAGUUGUGUCUUCGCAGGACCCCCGCACCAAGGCCGGUCUCUAUUGGGGCUACACCGUCCGCCUGGCCUCCUGCCUCAGUGCUGUGUUCACCGAGUCACCCUUCCAGGAUGGCUACGACCUGACCAUCGGGACGUCGGAGCGAGGCUCCGACGUGGCCUCCGCCCAGCUGCCCAGCUUCAGGCAUGCACUAGUGGUUUUCGGGGGUCUGCAAGGACUAGAAACUGGAGUGGAUGCUGACCCCAACCUGGACGUGGUGGAACCCAGUGUCCUCUUUGACCUGUAUGUCAACACGUGUCCUGGCCAGGGCAGCCGCACCAUCCGCACUGAGACAUGGUGACCACAUAGUGACCGCCCCGAUCUAUCUCUUCCUGGAGGCCAAGUGCUGAGCCUGGGGACCAAGAACUCCUGCGCACCAUGUUGCCCACCUGGCCCUCAGUACCGGCACCCCCAUUUGACGGAGGACAGAGCAGUAGACUGUCCUCUCACCAGCAUAAACAUGGCCUUUGACCUUGGGCUCUGGAAGCAGGCAGGAGCUGGGCGACUAGACGCCAGCCUCCCAGGCCGCAGCCCGGUGUGUGCCUCUCUUCCAGGAAGCCAUCCUCAUCUCCCUGGCCACCCUGCAACCCGGCCUCACACAGGCCGGUGCCCGGCCCUCCUGAAGGCUGUGUGUCAU